AGUUUAACAGUGACACUUGUAAAGAUAACCAAGGAGAACUUAAAGCAAUGUUUGGAUUAUCCAGAAGUAUGUUCUCGAGGAUGUCCAUGGGACCAAUGAGAAGUCCCGUGACUCCUUUGUUGACAUCAUUUCCGUCAGUUACUAGUAGAGUUAGUCCAUUAAUGAAUAAUAUAAUGUCUAUGAGAUUAAAACAUGAAUAUGCACCAAGAUUUAGAAAAAUUAGAAAAACUAUGAAGGGGAAAGUUAGUGUUAGAACUGGAGGUUCUGUUAAAGGUAAUAGUUUAGCAUUUGGUAAACUUGGUUUAAGAUUAAAAUCAAAAGGUAUAAGAAUGGCAGCUAAUCAAUUACAAGCAGCUGAUAAAGUAUUACAAAGAGAACUUAGACCAAGUCGUUCAGAAAGACUUACAAGAUUUUCAUGUAAUACUGCUGUCUGUGUUAAAGGUAAUCAAACAAGAAUGGGUAAAGGUAAAGGUCCAUUUGAUCAUUGGGCUUGUCGUUUCCCAACCGGAAAAGUUUUAUUCGAAAUCAGAGGUGGUAUUCAUGAUAGAGUUGCAAGAGAAGCUUUAAGAAAAGCUGCUGAUAAAUUACCAGGACUUUAUGAAAUCAUUACUCCAGAAUCAAAAGUAAGAGUUAGUUUAACUCAUUUAAUAGAAAAACCAAAAAGGGUUAAUUAUGUUAAGAAAUUGAAUGCUAAACCUACUAAUAAAUGGGCAAAUAUUCAAGCUCAUAAGAAGAUAGACAUGUAUAAAUUGUAUAGUGGACGUUAAGUCCAUAUUUAAUUCCUGUAUAUAUAGCAUUAUUUAAUAAAAAUCCAGUAUUAAUUAAA